AUUAUUGGAAGCUGAGCAUCUUGAUUUAUGGAGCUGCUAAAGAUUUAUAUCUUGUUCAUCACUGUGAUGGUUUGGGAGGGUUUCAGCAGCUAAUAGUUUGUGUACAAGAUGAGAAAGAUGCUGUGCCUCCGAAACCACUCAAUCCUACUUUUUUUCUUUCUUUGAUCUCUGCUAAGAGUUGCUUCUAUGCGUUGCACCGAAUAGCUCAGAGGUCAAUAUCGCAUGCCAUUUGCAGGUCAUCUACUUUUCGGAAGUAAACGAAUGGGAGAUAAAUCAACUAAAGCUUCUGAAGUCCCUUCUAGAAAGCCAUUGAAGUUCACACCAAAAGUUCCAACCCAUAAAACAGCAAAGCCUGCAAUUACCGUCAUGAAACCACUGAAUGAAGCAGAAAAUAUUGUUGACAAGGAGCUGCUGCAGAGAUUGAAGCUGUCUCAUAAAGGUUUAGGAAGGAAAUCUGCCAAGUCUCCGAGAAAGUUGGAGCCAAUGCACAUCAAUCGAGGUGAAUCAACAUGUGCAAGGUCAUUUGGUGUUUCUCCUGGCAGUAUUGAUGGAAGGAAACAUCAAGAUCCCAGUAUUGAUGGAAGCAAACAUCAAGAUAGCAGCGAUAUAGUCACCCCAUUAGCGAAGAACAAAUAUGUUCAGCCAUGGAAAAAGGACUCGUAUUAUCCAGUCACUCUUCCUUUGAGGAGGUCAGAUGACAUAGAUCCAGAAGUUCUUGAUGAAGAGGAAUUCGGGGAGGCUUCUGCAAGUUCAACUCAAGAUGAGACCUGUAUUAAGCCAGCUGAAGAGCUUGGUCUGCUGGAGGAAAGUGAGAAACCACAGAUGCUCUUUUUCCAGCUACCUGCAUCUUUGCCAUUUGAAAAGCUGCCCGCUCUUGGUGGGAGGGGGAAAGAGAUUGCAGGACAGAAGAGUGCCUUGGAGAAGGGAUGUGGUUUGCAAGAGCUGCCUGCAGGAUUCAUGGGGAAAAUGAUGGUGUAUAAGAGUGGCAUUGUUAAGAUGAAGCUGGGAGACACCCUUUUCGAUGUGAGUACAGUCAAACCAGAUCUUACAAUCUGCAUUUAUUUACCAUCAGGAAGGGUAUCAUUGAGAUUGGGAGUUGUAGCAGAGUGUUCAUUCCAGGUCAAUGACACAUGCCAUGUAUCACUAAGGUUUCUCCUGGGGUGAACUGCAUCUUUCCUCAGGAUGUUGCAGCAAUAAAUACCAAAGAGAAGCACUGUUGCAUUCUUGGGAACAUUGAUAGGCGUGUCGUAGUAACCCCAGAUCUGGAUUCCCUCUUGGAUGGUAUAACGAAUUAAUAUUGCUGUUUGAUUGACGGUAGUACGUGUUUGGUCAUGUAAAUUUCAUCCAUGUGUAGAUGAUGUCUCUUUAUGAUGUAAGGAGCUCCAGCUACAUUCAAGAUUGAAACCAGGUGCUGGGCAGUAAUCACCAAAAUGUGUUGUUUAUAUAUAAAAAUAGGUUAAGGUUCAAUCUGUUAGUCGACUAAGCCGCAUCUAGCAUCUAUCUUUUCUAAUAACUGAAGCUUUAUUAAGAUUUGAAUACUACACGAUGCAGGACAGGUUUUAAGAUCAAU